GGUUGUGUCGGCCAUCUUGGGUGUUUGAAGGAGGGUGGCGGGCUGAGCGUCUUGCAUGUCAAGAGGGCGGCGGCGCUCACACCAGUGCCACCCUCCGCACCUGCCAUGGGCACCGUGACAUUCCCUGCCAUCGGGCUUGGUGGUCCAGGUGCGCGGGAGCCGUGGGACGGAAGGAUUAUGGCUGAACAGCAGUUCUGCCUACGGUGGAACAACUUCCAGGCUAAUAUUGUAUCAUCAUUUGAAGCUCUUCUGGACAGAGAAGAAUUUGUAGACGUGACACUCACAGCAGAAGGAAAAUCAUUAAAAGCACACAGAGUACUCCUAUCAGCAUGCAGUCCGUACUUCAGAGAUUUGUUUCGGGACUUACCAGCUAUCAGAAAUCCGGUUAUAGUGUUGCGUGAUACAAGUUUUUUAGAAUUAAAAUCCCUAUUGAGUUCAUAUCCCAGGGGAGAAGUUAAUGUAUCUCAAGAAAGAUUAGGGCUCCUUCUCAAAACAGCAGAGGCACUUAGAAUUAAAGGACUUGCUCAAGACAAGAAAACUAGUGAUAAUGAACAGUUUGGUAGCCUUACAAGUAGUCCUGAGAAGGAGCCAGAAGAUAGUCUGGACAGAGGGGAGUGCCGUGGAGGGCCUGGGUCCCCAGCGCUAAGUCUUGCCUUCUCUGGGAUAGGUGCGUCAGUCCUGGCCCCUGCUAAUCCUCUCGUUUCCCUGGAGCCACCAAGCCACAAGUCACAGCACCUUUUGCAUUCACCACCAGCAAAGAGACGCAAACCUCUCCAUUCACCACUUGGAGGGCCCCCUAUACCAACACCACCAAUACAACAAUUGAAUUCUAUUUCACAAGCACCGCCUGUUACCUCCACUGCCUCACUUGACGACGAUAAAUCUGGUAGAGUAAUCAACUUAACUAUGGGUGCCAGCAACUCUGGCAGUGGAGGUUCACCAUCCCCAAGGCUAAUACCCAAGACUGAGUUAAAUAUAUCUGAGGAGGAUGGGCCUGGUAGAGGCAGCAGUGGUUGUAAAGGGGAGGGCAGUAGUGACCAUGAGGUCGAGGAGCCACACGAAGAGGACUCUGUAGACCAUGACAUGUCCAAUACCGCGGCUCCAGACCUACAUGGGCUGCCUCAACACCUCUCAGCAGCAGUACAAAACUUUGUGCCAUAUGCAGCAGCAGCAGCCGCAGCAGCAGCAGGAUCCUCGCAGCUGGAGACCUUCCCGGGGCCAUCAGGAGUGUUACCUCCCGCUAGUCAGGCAGGGUGGAGAGGGGGCCAUACAGAAUCCAGUGACACCUCAGCUCAAGGUGGUCAUCCUGUAUUUAAUGAAUUGUUGUGCGGUGACGGUGGUUACGGGGGAAAGAAGGCGGUACCCACGCCUUGUCCCGUGUGCGGCAAAGUGCUCUCCAACGCAUACAAUAUGCGAGUUCAUCUGGAGACUCACCAGAACAUCACAUACAAGUGUAUCAUCUGUGGCAUCAUUACACGUACACGUGACACCAUGAGAAAGCACCUCUCCAAUGUACACAAACUACGCAAUGUGGAACUGAAGAAUUCAUUCAAGAAGAUAACAGGCAAGCAGCAACCAAGCAGUGGUACUGCCGAUACCACAACCCCCACCUUGACCAUAACAACUGCAGCCACCACACCAACCAAAACUACCACCUAUUCAUUAGCUUCCCCUUCUGACUUUAAACUCUCAGGGAUUGCCAGCCCACUCCCUGAGGCAGAUAUUGCCCAAGCAUCCUUCUCUACCAUUGAUACCCUUGGGGCCCUUAAUUUGGCCAAGGGCAAUAAUCUGGCUUCCAUAGUGAACAAACUGAGUCAGAAGCAGUGAAUGAAGUUAAGAAAAAAACAAAGCAGGAUAAUCGUUUUUCCUAUAGUGUUUGACCGCCUUGCACCGAUAAUCCAAAGAUUCGUCUCCCCAGGAUAGCGUUCUAAACUGGAAUGGAGUCGGGCACCACGUUAUCAAAAUAUCGCACUUCCUAGUCCAUUGUAGGGCAGUCAGUCAUAGGACAAAGCUUGCUAUGGCAACUUGACUUUUUAUAUUCAUAUUUAAUAUUGGGGUUUGAAAAUAUUCUCGGAAAUUUUUAAUGCAUGAAUGGAUUUAUAUCUUUUAUGAUGCCAUAUACUUAUUGGCAUUCAAUUUGAGCAUCCAGCUUAACCAAAGCUUAAGAGGUUAAUGUAGCAAUAUUGUUCAUUAACCCUUAAAUGGCCAGUUUUCCAUAUGUGAUAAUUGUCUUCCCAAGUUGUUGACCUUUGUUAAUGUAAUAAUAGGUAUUAUCUUUUUCAUUUUUAUUUUUAUCAUUAUUUUGCCAAAUGCAAGUCAAAGUCAAGUGCUCUUUAUAACUCAAGAAAGGUGCUAUUUUUUUAUUAU